CGUUACUCCGUCUCCACUGCUCCCGCCCGUCUCAGCCUGUGAAGCUCGGCGAACCGUAAGUGGAGCGAGCGGAUCGGCUCAACUAAGUGAGAGUGCGAUGCUCUUUAGAGGGGAGAGAGAGUGAGGCGAUGGGCUGCACCUCGGCUAAACAGGUGUCGGCCGUCCCCAGUGAUGAAGAGGGCCGGGGCAAGGCCUACAGCAACGGAGACCUCUUCACAGAUGAGUACAAAAUGAAAGGUGUGGAAGAGGUAAAAUACAUGCAGGGGGAGGAGGAAAGGGUUAAUGCACGCAAUCAGGAGAACCUGGAGAAGAGUUCCAUGCAGUACAGGAGCAAACAGCACAAGGAGGCCACCGGAGCUAACACUAAUAGGACAAAUAUCCAUACGUCAGAGAGCCAGCAGGAAUUCUUCAGGAUGCUGGAUGAGAAGAUUGAGAAGGGGCGGGACUACUGCUCGGAGGAAGAGGAUGUGACAUAGCACAGAGGCCCCCUGACUGCCAUACACAGAGAGAGAGAGUGUCUGAGAGCGUGGAUGGGUUGGGAACGAUGUGAACUAAAUCAGUGUUUGGGAUGCCUGUACACAUCUGCCUGUCUGUUUCAGUCUGAGUGAGUGCAUGUGUAUUUGUGUGUGUG